CAAACAUCAACUUCUGCGGUUUGCCAGUAGCAUCACCAACCUCGCCGGUGGCCGUCCUGACCCAUCUACCUGUCUUUGCCAUCCUUUUUUCAUUGUCCCACGGGGAAAAGAGAGCAUUCCCUUACCGGCUGGUGGCAAUUACGCGUCGUCCAGUUCACAACCCAAAAAGAAGGAAGGAAAAAAAACCUGCCGUCUGCACGCACAUCAUGGCCGAAGUUGCUGAAGACCCAGAAGACAUUUCCGAAUCUCCGGCAGCACCAGGCAGCCAUGGCUUGCAUGAAACGUCCUCCGGGCCUCAAAGCAAAAAGCGCAAUGCCUUUGCUGAGCUGAUGGCGCCCAAGCCCAAAGCACCCAAGCCAGACGCUUACUCAGGUCGGUCAUCAGCCGGCGCUCGUUCCCCCUCGCACAAGAAUUCGAGAGGCAAAACAACCAAGUUAAAAUGGAGCGGUGCCUUGGUUGAGUACAUUGACCAUCCCGACCGCUUCCCCCAGCAGGUUAUCCGCGUGACGGAUAAGACGGUUCUAAUCCGUGACGCCUUCCCCAAGGCCACCGUCCAUCUUCUGCUCCUCCCCCGGUCCCCCGCUCAUCACGAUCUGCACCCGCACCAAGCUUUCGAAGAUAGGGACUUCCUUGCCAUGAUGCGAGACGAAGCUGCCAGCGCCGCCCGCCUCGCUGCUGCCGAGCUCAAACGCAAGCUGUCAACCUUUUCCGCUUCGAGCAAAGCACGCAACGAAGCCAUGGAUAAAGGUGUCCCUUUCGACCAACUUCCGGAAGGCCGGGAUUACCUGUCGGACAUCCGCAUCGGCGUGCAUGCCCACCCUUCCAUGGACCAUCUUCACGUGCACAUCAUAUCGUGCGACAUGCAUUCAGAUAAGGUCAAGCAUCGGAAGCAUUACAACAGCUUCAACACGCCCUUCUUCAUUCCUCUCGAGGAUUGCCCGCUCGCCGAGGAUGACGAACGACGCAAGACAUCCUUCCAGAACGCAAACCUGUCCAAGGGAUUUGUUUGUUGGCGCUGUGGACAGGAAUUCGGUAACAAAUUUGCCGAGCUCAAGAGACACCUUGAGACCGAAUUUGAGCAAUGGAAGAAGGAGUGAACUCUGUACAACCUAU